AUGACGCACCGCCUCACCCGCAUGUUCUCAAGAACCGAGCAAAAAGACAUUGAUACUGCAAAAGCAGAGUCACACAGCAAAGACAUCUCGCCCGAUCGCUGGGAGAACAGCCAUGCCAAUGGCUCAGCCAGACCUGCCCCCAUCAGGGAUUCAUCCUAUGACGAGAAGAAAGACGGCAAGAAGAUGAGCGUUUCCAAAGAGAAGAAGGGUGACACCACCCCGGAUUCUACCGCCGUCGCCCACAAGAGGUUCGAGAUCCUCGACAACGGUUCUCAUGCCCAUUACCUCAAAUCCGCCAAACGCCAGGAAAAGCUCACGGACAUGCUCCGAGAUAUGCUCGGUGGAGGCAAGAAAAAAGACCUGGAUGGUGGUGAGCAGCAGCUGUCACUUAUGUCUUCAUGGGUCGACCAGCUCCGCUCGGAGAAGGACUCUCUGCCUUUGGAAAAGAAGGCCGGCGGCCCAAAUGCGAGCGCAAACCUGGUUGAAAAAUACGGGAAAUGUCAAGAGAUUGUCGGUCGUGGUGCCUUUGGCAUUGUUCGCAUCUCUCACAAACCCGAUCCCACCACUGCUGGUGGAGAAUUGCUCUAUGCUGUUAAAGAAUUUCGCCGUCGCCCCCAGGAAACGUCCAAGAAGUACCAAAAACGCCUCACUUCUGAGUUUUGCAUCUCAUCCUCGCUUCGCCAUCCUAAUAUUAUCCACACUCUGGACCUCCUGCAAGAUUCCAAGGGCGAUUAUUGUGAGGUUAUGGAAUAUUGUGCCGGUGGUGAUCUGUACACCCUAGUUCUUGCUGCCGGCACCCUGCAGGUCGCCGAAGCAGAUUGUCUUUUUAAGCAAUUAAUGCGUGGUGUCGAAUACAUGCACGAAAUGGGUGUGGCACAUCGCGAUUUAAAACCCGAAAAUCUUCUUCUAACCACACAUGGUGCUCUGAAAAUUACCGACUUCGGAAACGGAGAAUGCUUCCGAAUGGCUUGGGAAAAGGAAGCACAUAUGACCGCCGGACUUUGUGGCAGCGCUCCUUAUAUCGCUCCAGAAGAGUAUGCCGGUGGUGAAUUUGACCCAAGAGCGGUCGAUGUUUGGGCUUGCGGUGUAAUUUACAUGGCAAUGCGCACCGGCCGUCACCUAUGGAGAGUUGCCCGUAAGGAUGAAGAUGAGUUCUACGAACGCUAUCUUGAGGGCCGUAGAGAUGAAGACGGUUAUGCACCCAUUGAGACCUUGCACAGGGCCCGUUGCCGAAAUGUUAUCUAUUCGAUCCUCGAUCCUAAUCCUGGUCGCCGAAUCACUGCUUCACAAGUUCUCAAAUCAGAAUGGGGCCGAGAGAUCAAGGUGUGUAAAGCCGGCGAGGAGGGCUAUUGA